AUGGAGGAAGAUAACUAUAAUGAUGAGUACGAGUCAUCAUUCCUCGGUGACUUGGGUUACGGCGAGGAGAACCAGAAUGAGGGUCAAUCAUCAUCACAAAUUGAGAACAAGCCAAAGAUCUUCUUGAUGGGUUUGAAGAGGUCUGGAAAGUCAUCUAUUCAAAAGGUCGUCUUCCACAAGAUGUUGCCAAAUGAGACAUUGUUCUUGGAGAGCACUAGCAAGGUUGUAAAGAAUGAUAUCUCCAACAGCUCAUUCGUUCAGUUCCAGAUCUGGGACUUCCCAGGUCAAUUGGACUUCUUCGAUCCAGCCUUUGACUACGAGUUCAUCCUCAACAACUGUGGUGCCAUCGUCUUUGUCAUUGAUGCUCAGGACGACAUCACAGAGGCUUUGAUGAAGUUGCAUCAGACCAUUGUCAAGGUUCACCAGAUCAACCCAGCUAUCCACUUUGAGGUGUUCAUUCACAAGGCUGAUGGAUUGACUGAUGAUCACAAGAUCUACACACAGAGAGACAUUCAGCAGAAGGCCACUGAUGAGCUGGCCGACGCUGGCAUCCACACUCACCCAAGCUUCUACAUCACCAGUAUCUACGAUCACUCCAUCUUUGAGGCAUUCUCCAAGGUCAUCCAGAAGUUGAUUCCACAACUCCCAACUCUCGAGAAUCUGCUCGAUGUCUUCAUCUCCAGAUCAAGAAUCGAGAAGGCAUUCUUGGUGGACGUUGUUAGCAAGAUCUAUGUGGCCACUGAUAACUCCCCAGUGGACAUGCAGACCUACGAGCUGUGCAGUGAUAUGAUCGAUGUAGUCAUCGAUGUGUCUUGCAUCUAUGGAUUGAAGGAGGAGGAGGAGGGACUGGGUUACGACCAAGAGUCUCACUCUGUCAUCAAGCUCAACAAUGGCAUGAUAUUAUAUUUAAGAGAGGUCAACAAGUAUCUGGCCCUGGUGUGUCUGCUUCGUGAGUCCAACUUUGAUAAGCACGGAUUGAUCGACUAUAACUUUAUUUGUUUCAAGAAGGCUAUUGAGGAGGUCUUCUCCAGGAGAACGGCCCAAAGCAAGAAGAAGGCCAUCAAGAAGAACUAA